CUUUUAGAAUUUAACAAUCUUGGAAAAACCUAACGCAAACCAAUCGUUACAGAUUAGGGAGCGAAAGAAAGAGAUAGGGAGAGAGGGUAUUGGUUUGAAGCGGGUUCGAGUACAGAAGGAAAAGUAAUUUCGAAUAGUCGGUCGUUGUAUUCGUCGAUUACUGGUAGCGACGCGUAGAUCUCGCUAAUACGAGCGAUCACCGGUUCCUGUAAAGAUUAACGCGAGAUUUGCAUUAUACGGUUGUUCGUGCGCAAAGAAGCUAUUUACUGAUCGGUGAAUUAUUCCUAAGCAAAAACACGCAAGGAAAAAUAUAUAAACAUGAUGUUCAGAAAAGUCGGGAUGAUAUCUAAAAGGAAGGGAUAUCUUUUGGAUCUGGUCAGUCAGGCCGAGAAAAAUCAUCGAACUAUAACGUCACAAGAAAUUUUUGAACGCGAAUCAAAAUAUGGUGCUCACAAUUAUCAUCCGCUCCCUGUUGCAUUAUGCAAAGCGGAAGGAGUUUUCAUGUGGGACGUCGAAGGCAAACGCUACUAUGAUUUUCUGAGUGCCUACUCUGCCGUUAAUCAAGGUCAUUGCCAUCCAAGAAUUUACAAGGCUUUGGUCGAACAAGCGAAGGUUUUGACAUUAACUUCGCGGGCUUUUUACUCGGAUGCAUUGGGAGAAUUUGAAGAAUAUAUUACGAAACUUUUCGGGUACGAGAAAUGGCUUCCGAUGAACACAGGAGUAGAAGGUGGCGAAACCGCUUGUAAGCUGGCACGCAGAUGGGGUUACACGUGCAAAGGUAUACCGCAGUAUCAAGCGAAAAUUGUUUUCGCGGAAGGUAAUUUUUGGGGCAGAACAAUGAGCGCGGUAUCCUCAAGCACGGAUCCAACUAGUUACAGUGGAUUCGGUCCAUUUAUGCCUGGAUUCGAGCUCGUUCCAUACGAUGAUCUUACGGCGCUUCAACAGAUUUUAGCCGAUCCUCAGGUUUGUGCUUUCAUGGUGGAACCUAUUCAAGGCGAAGCUGGCGUCGUCGUACCGAAGGACGGCUAUCUGAAGGGUGUGAGAGAAUUAUGUACGAAGCACAACGUUUUAUGGAUCGCCGACGAGGUGCAAACUGGUUUGGCAAGGACAGGAAAACGGUUGGCAGUAGAUCACGAAAAUGUGAAACCAGACAUUUUGAUUCUUGGAAAGGCUCUGUCCGGUGGCUUCUAUCCAGUUUCUGGUGUAUUCGCCAACGAUUCUGUGAUGUUAACUAUAAAGCCUGGCGAACACGGCUCGACUUAUGGUGGCAACCCUCUAGGAUGUAGAGUCGCCCUUGAAGCGCUUCGCGUGCUCGAGGAAGAAAAACUAGCGGAAAAUGCUGAAAGGCUCGGACAUAUUCUAAGGAACGAGCUUGCAAAAUUACCAAAGGAUGUGGUUACUCUUCCGAUCACAAGAUCACGAAUCUUCGCUUUAACGAAAGAAGUAGAGCUGAAAAGAUUUCUGAGUUCGCAAGAGUUGAUUGAUCGCGAUAAUAUGUACGGUGGUAGACAUUUUAAGCCACUUCCGGUAGUUCUUACAAGAGGCGAAGGCGUUUAUUUGUGGGACGUCGAAGGGAAACGAUAUCUCGAUUUUCUGGCGGGUUUCUCAACAGUGAAUCAAGGUCAUUGUCAUCCACGUUUGGUGAAAGUAAUGAGAGAACAAGUGGGAAAGCUCGCUCACACGUCUAGAGCUUUUUAUUCGGAGCCUCACGGUGCACUAGGAGAAUAUCUGUCGAAGCUUUUAGGGUGGGACAAAUUCUUGCCGAUGAAUACUGGAGUCGAAGCAGGUGAUACUGCCAUUAAGGUUGCUAGGCGUUGGGCUUACAGAGUAAAGAAGAUACCUCCGGAACAAGCAACCGUGGUCUUCGCAAAAGGGAACUUCUGGGGACGUUCUAUAGCCGCGCUGUCUGCAUCUACGGAUUCAAAUUGUUACACCGAUUUUGGACCUUACGUUCCUCGCUUCGACAAAGUACCAUACAACAACCUCAACGCUUUAGAAGAAAAAUUUAAGCAGGAUCCAACUGUUUGCGCGUACAUGAUGGAACCAAUUCAAGGAGAAGCGGGUGUCAUAAUACCGAAUGAUGGCUACUUGAAAGGUGUACGAGACCUGUGCAACAAAUACAAUGUGUUAUGGAUCGCUGACGAAGUACAAACUGGUUUAUGCAGAACGGGCAAACGAUUGGCGGUAGAUCACGAAAAUCAACGGCCGGAUAUUCUCGUGCUAGGAAAGGCAUUGUCUGGCGGAUUGUAUCCUGUUUCCGGUAUUUUAGCGGACGAACAGAUAAUAAUGUGCCUAGAAACUGGAUCUCACGGUAGCACUUUCGGUGGAAGUCCGCUUGGUAACAGAGUCGCUAUAGAAGCAGUUAAAAUUCUAGAGGAAGAAAGUCUUGCAGAGAAUGCGAGUAAGCUUGGGGAAAUUCUACGAAAAGAAUUAGGAAAACUUCCGAAAGACAUAGCGGUAGAAUUUAGAGGUCGAGGUUUAUUGGCUGGCUUAGUAAUUAAUAAAGACUUCGCCGAAGGAUGGGAUAUUUGUUUAAGAUUGAAAGAAGCAGGCUUGCUCUCGAGGCCUGCUCAUGGUCAAAUAUUAAGGAUAUCGCCACCACUUACUAUCACGAAAGAACAACUUGAAGAAGGUCUCCAUAUACUCACCACUGUCCUCAGAAAUUACAAAUAAACUAGUUAUCGCUAUACAGAUAACUCUUCUACAAUACGAGAGCUACCCUUUAAUACGAGGAAAAUGUCGUGUUAUAAAAAUCGCAUUAUGCGAGACGCAAAUUAUACACAAA